AUGCGAGUCAGCAUCCGUUCGUCUGGAGCCUCCCAGUCUGGCAGCACCAUCAGAACUGCGCUUGCCCUGCACAACGGGCUAUGCGCGUCCGGCAAGAUUCGAACCCACGUCUCCCAGUUCAUUCUCGAGUGCCUGGAGGAUAUUGAGGCGGAAUUGCCGCACAUACAUGCGCCCCCCGUCGACUGCUGGGAAUGGGACCUCGUCGCAGGCCCCCUGCCUGUGCUUGCCACUCACCAUCCUGACUCAGAGUCGCCGUCUUACGAUAACGGUCAGGCUAUCAGGCCGUCGAGAUCGUCGUCGCUGUCUAAGACGGCGUCGAAUGCGGCGGUGAAGGCGGCGGUGCGGGCGGAAGGCGCGUCGCGGGGUCUGCGCGUGCAGUGGCUGGACGAGGCGAAGGGCGCGGCGCUGGCUGCCGUCAGGGAAUUCCGUCGCUGUGAUCAUGAAGCCGCCGCGAUGGGCUACCGUACCGAGUCGUGCUAUAUCGAGGAUAGUUCCUGCAGCUGCUCGCUCCAAUAA